UUGCAACCUUUUAAAUGGACACGAGCCGCGUCUCGAGAAACAAAAAUCAAUUUAGGUAAGCGUCGUCCGCAAACGGUGUAUGAAGAAUGAAUUCUGCUACAGGAGCAGUAGUCAGCUGAAAAGUAACAAAUGAAAAAGUACUUCUGAAAAGUGAAGCGGAGUAAGCGGAGCGGUAGAAAAAUUUUGACUGCAGCCGACCAGCUCUUGGCAGUACGACCCUGGGCCUAAAGGUCAGUUAUGGCACUUCACAACUCAUUAGAGGGUGCUGGUUCUGUUACCUGGUGGGGUUUCAGCCCGGCUUUAAACUUGCUGGUGCCAUCUGGGAACAUCUCUGUUGGUGGAUCAAUCAGAGAGAUCACUGAGGAUAAAGCCUUAUCUCAAACCAUCAAUAUUCUCUUGGUGGGCAGUGGAGAUCCUCGGCAUGUGCUCAAGACAGUUGCUGGGUUAAGACAGUCUUCUCAUUCAAAAACUAAACUUCAUGUCUACAUCGUAGAGAACAACCUGGAGCUGAUAGGCCGACACCUCCUGUUUCUCACUCUUGCCUUUGAGCCACCUGAUAGGAUGGGCCUACAAGAGAAAGCAGAGACUUUCCUUGAGUUAUUUGGAAACAGUCUCAUCCGUAGUCAGACUGCUAACUACCUGCAGGAGGUGAGCCGCCGGCUAAUCCAGUUUGUGACUGAAAGUGAUCUUCAAGAGGGGAGGCUGCCUUCAGUAGACCUGUCUGCUCUGCGAUUCAAGGAGCGUGACCAGCUGGAAGGAAUUUUCAAAUUUUGGUGUCACCCAGAUCCCAGGUCUUUCCAGAUCCAUCGAAUGUGGGAUGUUCGGGUUCGGCAGUAUCUGGAAAACCGGUACGAUUUUAGACAAGGAGCCUUUGACUGGGACCUGACAAUGAAACUGCACCACAGGGGGGCCCAAAUGGUGAGCAAACCUGAGUACAUGAGGUGGCGAGAGACUGGCGUGGCAUUUGAGCUGCGGGAAGGUCUGUAUGACACUGCUAACAGGAGCUUGGCUUCAGGGCUGCUUCUCAAACGUAGUGGUGAGCGUGUGCCAGUCAGAGGCUACUGGGGUGACAUUGUUAGCAGCCCAUACAUAUCCUUCGGCAUUGAAACAGAUAAUGAGAAUCUCAAAAAAACAGCCAAUGGACUUCCCACCAAGACUGCCCAGGAUGUUUCACUAUACAACCUGCAGACAAUUUUAAAAGACCUUGUGCCAAAAAAAGAUGCAGAAGAGUCCGAGCCCUCAGUGAUUGGAGAAGAAGCAACCCAGGGGGAUGGAGAAGGAAGUGCAGCAGCACUUGAUCCAGAGAAUCAUUCAUCUUCACUGCAGUCUCAAUUUUCCAUCCAUUUUCUUCCUUUAAACUGUCUUGACAAACUGGCUGAGAAGAAUUGCUACAAUCAGCUCUUUGACAUCAUGUACUUCUCUUGCAGUAUGAUUCACCAGCUGAAGCCGGCCUUGAGGAGGACUGCAGCUCCGGGAGCCAGUUUGAUUGUUGAGAUGGCCAGGUAUAUACUGGACGUGCACAAAGACCAGGCCGCUGGAUUGGUGUCCCGGGUGACUGAACUUGCUAAAGAAGCAGGAUUUACCCCAACCUUACAUAAUGAAACUAUUGCCUGCUUUGAGCUCAGUGAACCAUGACUAUUGCAAAUAUAAUCCCAGUAGCUAUGGACACAAAAGGAAAGUGUGAGGGGGAAGGACUGACCUUCACCUAAUUCUAACAAUAAAGACUUUUGCAGUAGUACGUUACUGGCCUUGGAUGUGUAAUGACUUAAAUUUGGAUUAGAAAAUUGCAUAUUUUGGCCAACCUCAACCCGAGUCACCAUAGGUAAAGUUACCAGAAGGACUGGCACCUCUGACUCCACAGCAUUGUUACUAUGCUGUGCAUUUCAAAGCACUGGAAUAACAAGAAGAUACCGAAUUAUACCCAUGAGUUGUCACCCUGAUGAACUUUGUCUACAGUGAUUCCACAGCAGGAAGGUACUAUGGAACACUUGCUAAGAAGCUGGACGUAAAAACUCAAAAGUAUGUCUUGUGAUGCCCAGGUUGCCUACAGCUGGCAAAGUCCUCUUGAACCGGGGACAUUGAUUGUCAUAAACCGAAGAUGGACUGGCAAUGAGGACACAGAACAGCAAGCUUUGGUGUAAACAGUGUAGAGUGCUUUUUAUUUAAUCAAUCCAAACUGUGUCCAGAGCAAAAUGCAAUGCAUUCUUUCAAAUAAAUAAAUAACCUGUAAAAAUGUGUACUGUUGAAGGUUAAAAAUCAAACAAA